UUGAAUACUAGAUUUCGAAUGAUUCAUAAUCGUGCUUGUUCAAAUCAUCAUAAAGUUUUUCUGUUAAUGGGAACACGUUUUAACUCUGGGUCGAAAGGAAAUUCGGGAUGGCGAGGGGGGAGGAGCAGUUGGACUGGGAUCAAACAUGCCGGAUUGCCAUGGGAACUGGGAAUUGCAGAAACGCAUCAGAUUCUCGUUCAUCAACGCACCCGAUCUCGUGUUCUGCUUCAAGUGGACGGACAAAUUCGCACAGGUCGCGAUGUGAUUGUGGCCGCUCUACUCGGUGCAGAUGAAUUUGCCAUGUCCACUGCUCCCCUGAUCGUACUGGGUUGCAUCAUGAUGCGCAAAUGUCAUCUGAACACAUGCCCAGUCGGGAUUGCCACACAAGAUCCGGUGUUGCGGGCCAAAUUUGCCGGUCAACCGGAACAUGUCAUCAAUUACCUGUUCCUGCUGGCCGAGGAAGUUCGCGAAUACAUGAGCAAAUUGGGCGCUCGACGAUUGGAUGAUAUCAUCGGUCACACGGAAUACCUGAAGGACUGGGAUCCGAAAAAUGAUGAAGAUCUCUCACCAAUUGGACAGUUGGUUCAAUAUUUACACACCGAUCGUUCUCUAGAUUGUGCUCUGAUCAAAUUGGCGCAACCGAUUCUGGAAACACCGGCUGAGGUCAGUUUGGAUCCGGUCAAAGCGACGGUCUCAUUUGAAUCUAUCAUUGGCAAUGCGGAUCGAGCAUUCGGUUCCACGCUUAGUUUUGCCAUUUCCAGGCAGUUCGAUGUCAAAGGCCUUCCUGAAGGUCGCGAAAUCAAGAUCGUUUUGAAAGGGAGCGCCGGUCAAAGUUUUUGCGCAUUUUUGGCCAGAGGAGUCACUGUCCGCUUGGAGGGGGAUGCCAAUGAUUACGUGGCCAAAGGGUUAUCUGGUGGUCGAGUUACGAUUGUUCCUCCACGGGGUCUGCUCGAGCAAGGCUUCCAAAGUCAUCAAAAUCUAAUCGUGGGCAAUGUGUGCUUGUACGGCGCCACUGACGGUGUGUUAUUCCUACGGGGACAGGCUGCCGAACGAUUCUGUGUGCGCAAUUCCGGUGCGGUUGUGGUGGCCGAAGCAGGAGUUGGAGAUCACGGUUGUGAAUACAUGACCGGCGGACGAGCGGUUAUCCUCGGGCGCACCGGACGCAAUUUCGCAGCCGGUAUGUCCGGAGGGUUGGCUUUUGUGUACGAUACAGACGGAAUUCAGGGUCCGUUUGGACGGAAAUGUAAUCAGGAAUUGGUCGAUCUAGAACCGAUGACAUUGGAAAACACCUACGCCCCGUGGUUGCAGACAAUUAUUGAAGAAUUUACAGCGGAAACAGGAUCAGAGGUGGGUGCAUGGAUUUUGAACACUUGGGAAACGAGUAUCAAAGGUUUUAUCCUCGUAUUCCCGCGCGAUUACAAACGCGCUUUGGUUACCAUGGAAGCGAAAUCAGUUGUGCACAAUCCUUUGGACAAUAACCACGUACAGGUAAAUUCUCUGCCUGUUACUCCGAUUCCAGUCUUCUGGUUUCACAACAACUUCACCCCCACUCACCUCCGCGUUGUCUCUUUCGUCCAGGUCAAACGCGUGAAUGACAUUGAGGACUUUGUCCGGACAAAUCCCAGUUGUAGCCCACCGAGCGAGAAAGAUGCCGAAGAGUUGGACAAACUUCAUGGUUUUGUUCGCUAUGCACGGCAUAAAAAUGCCUAUCGCCCGGUGGAAGAACGUGUCAACGACUGGGCUGAAGUGUACGAUCAUUCUGGUGUGCGUAAAGAAUUGCGUAAACAGGCAGCCCGGUGCAUGGAUUGCGGAGUGCCAUUUUGUCAAUCGUACGUUGGUUGUCCACUGGGAAAUUUGAUCCCAAACUGGAAUGAUUUGGUAUUCAAUAAUGACUGGCACAGUGCUCACUUGGCACUGCUACAAACGAACAAUUUCCCCGAAUUCACUGGCCGCGUAUGUCCUGCACCGUGUGAGGCUGCUUGCGUACUGGGCCUGAACUCAGAUGCAGUUACUAUCAAAAACAUUGAAUGUGCCAUUGCCGAUAAGGCUUGGGAACAAGGUUGGAUUCAGGCAGGGACUGAGCAACUACGUGGACCCACUGGUCGUCGUGUGGCAAUCGUGGGCAGUGGACCGGCUGGAUUGGCCUGCGCAGAUCAACUAAACAAGGCGGGACACGAAGUCACGGUGAUCGAACGACGUGAUGAACCAGGCGGUCUCUUGCGAUACGGGAUCCCAACAAUGAAACUGGAUCGUCGCGUACUUGAUCGACGUCUGGAGUUGAUGCGUGCGAACGGUAUUCGCGGUCGACAUGAUUUGAAUGCUGACAACGGGAAUACGGUGGAACUGCCUAGUGAUCAACUGUUAAACGAUUAUGAUGCAAUUGUCUUGUGCUUGGGAUCCACUUGGCCACGUGAUUUGGACAUUCCCGGGCGUCAUCUGAAUGGCAUUCACUUUGCCAUGAGUUUCCUGGAACAACAGCAUCGAAAACUCAAACACGCACCGGACUCCCGUCAUUCCGAGCAUCCAGAUGAGACCGACAAACGCGUGGUGGUUCUCGGUGGAGGGGACACGGGAGUCGAUUGCCUUGCGACUUCACUGCGUCAGGGUGCCAAGAGUGUUCACACAUUGGAAAUCCUACCACCACCACCACCUCAUCGAGAUGAGGAGGAAAACCCGUGGCCCGAAUGGCCCCGUGUUUGGCGCGCUGAAUACGGGCAUGCGGAAGUUGCGCUACGCUUCGGACGAGACCCGAGACAGUUCAAUACGGUGACCAAAGAAUUUCUGGACAACGGAUCCGGGUCUGUGUGUGGAUUACGCACAGUCCAAGUGGAAUGGUCCAAAAAUGUGGACAGUGGACGAUGGCACAUGCGUGAAUUGUCAGAUACGGAGGCCAUUAUCGAAUGUGACCUAGUUCUACUGGCCAUGGGAUUUGUUGGCCCAGAAACCAGUCUGAUUAGGGAUCUGGGACUGGCAACCGAACAAUCCGAAUCGAAAAUCAAAACACAAAAUGGGAAAUCAUAUGCAACCAGUGUACCGCGAGUUUUCACGGCCGGAGACUGUCGCAGAGGUCAAUCGUUGGUUGUUCAUGCAAUCAACGAAGCACGUGAGGUCGAUCUCUAUCUGAUGGGCUCUACACAACUGCCCGGACAAGGCGGUCACGUCAGGGUCGAGAACUACGGACACUGA